AGGUCAAAUCUAAUUUCUGUAAGACUGUUCAGGAGAAGGACUGAGACACAGGUGGUUCUGCUGCUGAGGAAAUGGCUACUGUGGACUUUGCUCAAGGUUCUACAGGAGACAUCAGGAUCUUAGUGGUGGGGAGAAGAGGUUCUGGGAAAAGCUCCUCAGGAAACACAAUACUGGGAAAAAAAGUGUUCAGCAGUCCAAAACGCUACAAAGAGAAAGUCACUAAAACAUGUGAAGAACACACCUGCCAUGUUGGAGGAAGGAAGGUGUGUGUGAUUGACACUCCAGACCUGCUGGAUCCAGAUGUCACAGAAGAUGAGCUCCAGCAAGAGAAAGAUAAGCUGGUGUCUCUCUGUCAGUCUGGUCUUCAUGCUGUUCUGCUUGUAGUUCCUGUUGGAGAAGAGUUGCAGAAUGAGGAGGAGAUGCUGGACCUCAUUAAAGGAUUAUUCGGUCCAAACAUCCAGAAGUUUACCGUAGUGCUCUUCACACGAGGAGACGAGCUGGAGGAGGACGAGACGAUUGUAAAGUUUGUAGAAAGGCACGGAGGAAGUGAGCUCAAGCAGUUGGUUAAAGACUGUGGGAACAGAAAACAUCUCUUCAAUAACACCGACACAGUGCAGCGCCAAGUCACCGAGUUACUGAGUAUAAUUAACCUCAUGGUGAGCAGGAACGGAAGCCAGUUUUACAUGGCUCAAAGGAGGUCCAGUAUUCAGAAGGACAUCACAUUUUCAGGUGCAGCAGAUCUCCAAAAGCAGCUUGGUGAACAAGUGCCCCAGGUGAGACUGGUGCUUCUGGGAAAGACUGGAGUUGGGAAGAGUGCUUCUGGAAACACCAUCCUCGGAAGAAACGUGUUCCAGUCUGCUGCUAGCCCAACCUCACAAACCAGAGAGUGCAGUUCUCAUAAAAUCCUAAGGGGCGGUAAACAAAUCUCCAUCAUUGACACACCUGGAAUUUUUGAUACCCAGCUCAGUAACCAAGAUGUGAUCAGGGAAAUAAUGAACUGUUUGACCUAUUCCUCUCCGGGACCUCACGCUUUCCUCAUAGUGAUCAGUUUAUCAGUACGAUUCACCCAGGAGGAGAGGAGCACCGUGGAUGAAAUCAAAAAGACCUUUCAGAAUGUAGACAGGUACACAAUGAUACUCUUUACUUAUAAAGACAACCUGAAGAAGAACAUCAGGCAGUUCCUUCAGGACGGAGACCCUGCUCUCAGAGAGUUAGUAGCGAGAUGUGGAGAUCGGUACCACUGUUUAAACAACAAAGCACCGAGCUACAAACAAUUCAAAGAAUUCAUGGAGAAAGUGGAGCACAUGGUGCAUGAUAAUAAGGGAACUCACUACACAGACAAUAUCUACGGGGGUGUGGAGAGAGCGAUUUGUAACAUUCAGGACCAGAAGUUAAAAGAAAAAGUGGAACAGUGCAAAAGAAGAAAUCCAGAUGCUUCCAGGACUGAAUGGCAGAAAAUCUACUGGAACCUGCUGCAGGAAUCAAGAACUGAAGCAGAGAAGAUUCUGGUGAAAGACAAUCAUAUUGUGACAUUGGCAGAAAAGUUUGGAGCGCUGCAGACAACAUCAGAGGAGCAGGAGAAGGCAACGAAUGCAGCUCUAGGUGAAGGAAUAAGUUACGUUCAAGUGAUGCAAACUGCUUUCAGAGCAUCAGUCGAACUUGCCAAGCAGAAAAUAUGUGCUGUUCAGUGA